CCCAGUUGUCAGUUUACGUAACUUCGGCACUUAUUUAAAUAGGUCUUCAAAAUCACUGAUGGAUGAACUAGCUAAAAAAGGGCAGCAUUUUUCUCAUUCUGAUCACGAGGAGGUGGUUGUACCUGAAUCAAGCCAUAGAACAAAACAUAAGCCUAAGUCUCGUCAGCUUUUUGAUUCUAUUGAAGGUGAAGGAACAAAAUUAGCCGUGAAUCAACCAAAUAAUGAUGAACCAACAUUUCUGAAGCCUCCUGUCGCGAAAAAAAGAAAGAAGACUUCAAAGAAACUUAUAACUAUUCGUUCAAGCGAUAUGGCUACUGAAAGUAUUAAGAGUGUCCCUCCGGUUGAAAUAAAACAACGUUCCAUUGAUAAAAGAAGAAGUUUAGUGGAAGAAGAGAUUAAAGAUCCAGUUGUUCAAAAAGACAAUCAAUCAAUUUCAACUUCAUCACCAAUGAAAUAUGAACAGUCAAAACAAUUUUCUAAAUCAAAAUUAUAUUAUCCAUUACCUGAGAGAAUGCAACGGUUACGUAAAAGUACAGGAUUAGGUGAAUUGUCAACAAGUCCUGAUUUAAGUUUAAGUGAUUUAAAAGGAAAUGAAAAUUGUAAUGAAAUAAAUAAUGAUGAAUUUUUCACAAAAGAAUGGUAUGAUAAUACUAAACAAAAACAUACUACUUAUGAUUUGAAUUCAAUAACAGAAUCACAUAAUUUAACAAUGGAUGAAUUACAAUCGAAAUUCUUAAAAGAUAAACAUCAUAAAAGAUUUUCAAAGAGAACACAAUCAAAUAUGGAAGAUAAUUUAACUGAGAUAAAUCAAGAAAAUCAACCACUUCUAGGAAUUGCUGAAAGAACAAAAUAUGAUCUUUUAGUAUUUGGACGGUCAUCAUAUUUAUCUAAUCAAGAAAGAAUUAAAUAUGAAUCAAAAUUUCUAUAUAAUCCAACUGAUAUAGAAGUUCCUAUUGAAUUGAAAACUGGCGGUAAAUUACCACGAUAUUUGGAAGAUGAAGGUUAUUAUAUUGGUAAACAACCAUAUGUAGCUCCAACCAAUCUACGUCGUUUAGAAAAUCGUAUUUUAAAAGAAAUUCAAAUGGAUGUAUAUGGAUUAAAAUCUUUAAAUGAUUUUCAUUCAGCUGAUAUUCAAUUAAUUAAUGGAACUUUACAAGAUCAAGAGUUAGAACAUAAAAAACGAUUGAGAAUUCAGUCAUGGUUUCGAGAAGAUGGUUCACUUGAUUUACAACCGAAUCCUUUACGAAAUAUCCCAUCAAGACCACCUUUAUGGGAUGAACAAUUUAAUCCAAUGCCUGAAAAAUUACAAACAGUUUAUGUACAUCCAAUGUCAUUUGAAAUGACACAAAAUCUUUUCAAUAUGGAAUCAAAAGGUUUAACAUCACAAAAUCUGUCAACCAAUUUAACACAAUGUAAACAUAUUGGUUUAUUCAAUAAUAAUAACGGGAAUACUGAAUAUCGUUUACAUGUGGAUAUUCGACGUGUUACAUUUGAUUUUCAUCCAUUAUUUAGUUUAGAACAUGUUCAUGUACAAAAUUUACGUCAAAUUAUUCAAGCAUAUGAAUUAACAUUAUCUAGAGAUCAAGUGAAUGCAUGUAUUCAACGAAUUAACGCCUUGAAACGAGCAUUGAAAAAACUUGAAGAAAAACGAAAUAAUAAUGCAAGUAUUUUAAGUCAAGAUGAAUUGUUAGAGAUGGAUUAUCGUAUUGAAGAUUAUUAUCAUGAAAUUAGUUUAAUGCGUCGUGCAAGAAAUCAUGCUGAAGCCUAUGAAAAAGGAUUAUUAACUUCAGCUCUUCGUGCAUGGAAACGUGUUAAAGAAGCAAGACAAACUAGUGGUUGUACAAAUACUACUGUUCGAUUAAAAAUCACUAAACAAAUAACAAAUGUAGAACAAGAUCAAGCAGAUUGGAAUCAAGAAUUAGAUGAUAUUGUCAAUGAAGCAAAACAUGAAUAUGAUGUACAAUUUAAAAUAGAACAAAAAAAAUAUGAAGAAGAAUUAGCAAUAUACAAAAAAGAGAAAAAACAACAGGAUGCUGCUCUUAGAAGACAACGCUUACGUGAAUCAGGCCAGAUAGACGGUGAUUGGGAGGAUAAUGCUGAACUUGAACGUGAAGAUACACAAUGUUUAGCACAGAAAACCAGAAAAAAUCCACCAAUUAUACCAAAAUCAUUUAAUGCUCAAGUGAUUCGAGAUGAAACAGAAAUGAAUUUAAGAAAAUUUAGACGUUUACCAAAUGAACCAAAAAUUACAGUUAGUUUAGUUGAUGAUUCAACAAUAUCAUCAAACAAUGAAUGUUCAAGAGCUGAAAUUAAUCGUCGUUUAAAAUUACUUGAAUAUACUUAUUUUAUCAAAUUGUAUUAUAAUCGUAAAUUAGUUGAAACUAGUCAACCACAAUUAUUAACUCAUAACUUUACACUUAAUUUCAAUUGGAUUCUACCUAUACAAAUACGUAAUCAACCAGAAUCUAUUGUAGCCAAAUUAUUUGAGAAACAUGGUUGGACCUCACAUCAAAUAGCAGAAUUUCAUAUUGGAUUGCCAAAUUAUACAGAUAUACAAAAUACAUCUAUACAACAGAUGAAUAGAUCAUCUGAAUUAGAUUUACAACAUUUACGAUUCAUUGUAACAACUGGAUCAUCGUUUAAACUUGAUCAAAGUAAAUCAAACCAAAAACAAUCUAGUUUAUCAUCAUCAUCAUCAUCAUCAUCGUCGUCGUUUGUUGGUAGACAACCAAAGAUUCUGUUAGAAGAUUUAGAUGGUUCUGGUGAGAAAAUAGUAUGUAUACCAAUAACUGGAACAUUAUUUGCUACAACUAAAUGGAUAUCUAUCAAUUCAUCAUUGAUUAAUGAUAUGGAUAUUGAAGCAUGUAUUGGAUAUCCAGACAGAUCUCUGUAUCCUCAAGGAUCAAUGAAGAGACAUGUUACAGACUUGCAAUCAUUAAUUUAUCCAACUACAUCCUAUUUACAACCAACACAGUUAUUUCAAUCCAAUCCAUUAUUCUUAAACGAUACAAGUAAAGAUGAUGACAAACCAUGUUAUAGCACUUCAAUACUUGAUCCGAAUAAUACAAUGGAUGCUAAAUUGUUAAAUUUAAUACAAACUGCAACAGGAACUCAUCUUUUACCAAAUCAUCAAUUACAGAUGACAUCUUAUCCAGAAGUAUUAUAUCAUACAAGAGCUAGUGGAGUUAAUUAUUUUCAAUUAAACUUCUUAACGGAAUGUUUUGAUUUUUGUACGGAUGAUGAUUUAGAUAAAUCUAAACGGAUACGUUUAAUUCAAUUAAGACAAAAGCAAAUACCAGGUUUUCAAAAUAUUAUUAUACCGACAUUUGCAAAACAAAUUCCUGAUGAAAUAUUUGAUCCAUUGAAUGAGAAGAAGGAUCCAGACGAUGUACAUGAUGUACUCUCUAAAGGGAUGAAAGCAUAUAAACAAAAGCGUAAAGUAUAUCUUGAAAAAAUUAAAUUAGAAGUUAAUCAACACUUUCAAGAUAUAUUAAAUAAGAAAUCACUUCGUGAAAUUGUCAUUGAAGAAGAGAUACCGAAUAUUUUAUUCCUAUUGCCAUUUUUCAAAAGAUUAUUACAACCUAAACGUCCAUUAAGACCUAGAUAUGAAGAACGUCGACGUAUUGGUGCACAAUAUGUUCAAAAUUCUAGUCUUGAACUAAUAGUUACAAUACAUGGUGCUUAUAACUUACCAAAUCGAUGUACGAAACGAAUAGAUCAAUCAAAUUAUCGUAAUAAAACUGACAAUAUAAAUGAUCUUUUGAAACCAUUUGCUGUUAUUAAAUUUCAACAGAAUAAACAAUCAACUAAUUCAUCAGAAGGUAGAAAUCCUAGUUGGAAUACGGAAUUUCGAUUUCCUUUCUAUUUACCAUUGGAUAAUCCAAAAUUAGAAAAUAUGAAAGAUCCUAUUAUUAUUAAUAUAUAUGAUCAAGUCAUUUUCAAUCAAACAGAUUCAAAUCAAAAUGAAUCAUCUCAUUAUAUACAACAUAUAGAACAUCGUUUAAUUGGUUCAACUGAAAUACCUUUAUCAACUGUUUAUUUAAAUACUAAGAUUAGUGGUAAAAUCAAUUUGUCAAUCCCAUUAAUUUUACAAGGAUAUGAAACAAUUAAUCUUGUAAAAUCAUCCAUUAGACCAAUGAUUGAUAUUUUAAUGACAUUGGAACCAUCUAUUUACCCACCAACACCAUUAAUUGAUACGUUUAUCUCAAUUGAAUCACUUGAAGUGCAAACAAGUUUAUCAAAAUGGUAUCAGAAAUUAUCAAAGCAUAAAUUUAUGACUGAAAGACAAUUUAAACCAUUAGUAAUGAAUUCAGAUUGUCAAGAAAUAUUAAUGACACGUUUUUUGACUCCACUUAAUCCUCCAGAGGAAUUUCUACCAGGAACAAAGACCGGUUUCAGCAUUUCAGAAUCUAUGUUACGCUUAGCCCGUUAUGUAUCACUGAUUCCUUAUGAAUCUGAUAUUGCAUCAUUUCCCGGUUUAGUACAAGUUUGGUGUACAUGUGAUCAAUUUUUAAGUAUGUUAUGCGGUGAUGAAGAAGAGCAUGCAGUAUUAUUAGCAUGUUAUUUUAUGUACAUAUUCAAAUAUAGUACAAUGGAUAAUAGUGAUGGUGAAACAACAACAAUCAUAAAUGAUAAGUCAUUAAAUCAAUCUAUUAAUAAAUCAAUGAAUUCAAUUUAUUUAUGUAUUGGUGAAGCUAUUCCCGAAGGUCGUACUGUUUAUAUAUUGACUGAAGAUUAUAUAUCAAAUAAACAAAUGACCAAUCUUAUUGGUUGGCGUUUAUGGAAUCCUGUAACUGGUCAACAUUAUUCAGUUCAUGAUGUGAAUAAUCCAUUACGUUCUGUUUGGGGAUUAGUUAAUUCUGAGAAUAUUUUAGCUAAUAUUCAACCAAAACAAGAACCAUGGGAAUUAGUUUGGGAUUUAAGUUCGAAAAAACAUUGGUUACCUGUUUUUAAUAAAACAGUAUUGAUAAACAAUAAAGAUGAUACUAAAAGUUGUGGGAUUACAAAUUUACCAAAAACGAUACAACCGGAAAAAUUAAUUUAUAGACAUUUAGAACAACAUGAAGUGGAUUAUAUUAAAUUUGAAUUAGAAACUGUAUUAAGAGAUGCAUUAAUGGAUUGGCGUAAAACAAAAAUAACAAGGCUCAAUUAUGAAUUUAUGAAAGACUUUAAUAAAAUGCUUGAAAAUUUAGAGAAAAAUAAUGGUGCAUACUAUGACGGAUUAAAUCAAUUACUUGAUCGAAUUUCUAAUAAAUAUUAUAUUUAUGGAUUCCCAAUGAAUUUCACAUAUAUGGAACCUGAUGAAAUUAUUGCCAGAGUAAAAUCAAAAGGAAUUCAUGAAUUAAUUGGUAAUGAAUUCAUAACAACAUCUAAUAUUAUGGAUCGAAGUCAGUCAAUACAACAAAGAAGUUCCGUGAUGGAUUUUUCAAAAACUACAUUACAUAGUGUAACGGAUUCAGUAUUUAGUUCAAAACCAUCAUUAACUUCAUUACGAUUAUUACAAUCAGAUUCAAUAAAUGUUCAAUUUGCAUUAAAUGUCUAUGUGAAAGCUUAUCCAGGACCAGUUCUAUCUAUAUGGAUAUAUAUGGCUGCAUUAUGGCGACGUACUAUAACAGAGUUAUCAUAGUACCACAAUAAGAAGAAGAAGAAGAAGAAGAAGAAAAAUCCCAGUUUCUAAUGGAUAAUACUUCAGCAUUUCAUAAUUUUGUAAUAAACCUACACAUGUUUACCUUGAACUAAUACUAAUACGUGAAAAAUCGUUCUUGUAAAGUAAUAAACGUAAGAAAUAAAACUUAAUAUAG